UGAUUUUGACGUUUAACCUUCAUUUGAAGACAACUAAUGUCAUGUUUUUGGAUUUGUAAACAUACCAAAAAUGUGAAUUGUUUUCAACCAAAGUUAGGACAGUUCCGUUAACUAUCCAACUGAUUCAGGACUGGAGGAUAUUUUUAAUUAGCCUCUAUCAUGGCAACCCAAGAAAAACUCAUGAAAUCUCUUGAACUCUUAAAAAAAUUAUCAAAUUCGAAUGGUAACUCUGAUAGUGUAAAUGUAAAAAAGGAAAAAAUUCAUCAUUGUCAUGUUAUAACAGAAUGUAUAAGCAGUCAUGCAAUAACAACAACUCCAACGGGAUUUUCUUCUUUACUGAAUUACACAAUAGAAAGUCUCUUUCAUCUUUGUGAUGAUCCAGACUCUGACAUCCGAAUGGUAGCUGAGGAAUCCCUGAACAAAAUAAUAAGGGCUCUUAAUGAUGAAAAUAUCACCAAGGUUCUCAUUGAAUUACAUAAAGAAAUAAAAAGAAAUAAUUCUGCUAGAUCUCUGAGAGCUGCACUAAGCAGAUUUUCCAAAUUAGCUCAUUGCAUAAGACCUCAUAAGGGCAAACCAUAUAUAGUUCAUAUGUUCCCUAGCUUAAUGAGAAUAAUUGAGAGAUCAGAGGAAUCAGUACAUGAAACUUUGGCUAGCAGUCUGCCAAAAAUUAUUGAAGUAUUAGGACCUUUUACUACAGAUAAUGAUAUUAAGAAUCUCCUGAAAUCUUUUAUGGCCAAUAUUUCAAAUCCAUCAGCCGUUAUCAAAAGGACUACAGCUUAUUCUAUUCAAAGUAUUUGCUUGAAUUGCCCAAAACCGUAUUUAUCGAUUGUCUACUGUAUACAUAUUGUACUAGGUUUUGUGUUCCCAUUAAAUGAAAACUGCGACACCCACUUAAUUUUUGGUGUAAUGAGAGUUCUUAAAAUACUGUUACCUCAAUGGAGAAAAUGUUUGAUAGAAAAUAAACAAAUACAAGAUAGAGAAAAACAAGGAUCUGAAUGGGCUGAAUUGAAGACUGAAAAACUUCUUCAGAUUUACGAACUGUGCCUUCACUAUAUAAAUAAUAAAGAUCAUAACAUGGUAAUUGCUUCAUUAGAAACUCUGAAUAUUCUGUUGCAAAAUUCAACGAAAGAGCUUAAAGACGCUUUGCUGAAUCCAAAUGGUUUACCUAAAAGUAAUACACAUCAAUUCGUUCCCUCAAAAUGUAAAUCAUUGAGCCUACUGAGUAUAACUUCUGACCCUGCAUUGGUCUCGGAAUCAGAUUUAACCGAUUCCUUGAGACCAGAUAUUAAUGAAUGGAUAGAUCACUCAAAACUCACUCUAACUUCCCUCAACAUUUUUGAAAAGCCCAAAGAAUCUUUUGAGAAAUCUCAGUUUCUUGAGAGUGGCAGUAGCACAAUGACUAGAUCACUUUCGCAACAUGAUCUUGAAUCUAGUAUUGAGUUCGAUACAAUUAAAACUGGAGUUAGUAACAGCAGCACGGAUCUUUUAGAAAAGGCAUCAAAUUCAACUAAUAAGAGCUCUUCGAACGAAGAUGUUACAGACUCUGAUACAAAGGAAGUCAAUAUCGGACAGUUCAGAGAUCAAGAUGUACCCUUAAAAUACUGCAGUAGACUUCUUGCGAAGUCAUUUCUGUUAACGGGAGUUCCAAAUAAUCUUAUUGGUGACAAAUCGUGUAGAGUUUCCGUGAAAUCCUCAGCUAUAUCAUGUUUUGCUUCCAUUUUGAGAUUGUAUCCUCAAAUAUUCUUAGAAUAUUUAGAUAAAACAGUGAAUCUACCCCAGAAGGAUGUUGAUCAAAGAAUAUCCGAUAUAUUAAAAUAUUCUAGCCAUCAUGAUCCUCAAUUGAGGGGGCAUACAAGGAUAUUAGUUGCCAAUUAUUUAGUAUCUGUUAUUAUCCAGAGUAGAGGGCACUACAGUAAUUGGUUAGAGAUACAUUCCCACGAAGAAGAUAGUAAUUUAAAAUUUGAGAACUUAGUCAAAACAUUUGCAAUGGGUUUAAACGAUGAGUCUUCUUUAUGUAUACGAUAUACUCUUCAGAGUUUAGAGUUGAGUUUACAGUACAUUUUAGAAAGUAAACAAUGUCAACAGGUGAUUCCUUUAUUAGAUAAAUUACCUGACUUAUUCAGUAAUCCAUAUUGGUUAGUAAAAGUGAAUUUAUGUGAUUUAAUGUGCCAUCUUCCAUAUAUAACGAUACAUUAUGUAACCGGUGAUAGUAAAUUCCAAAGUAAGAUGCUCUUCGGAUUACAAGGAUUAUUAAAAGACUCCGAUAUUAGAGUACGAAAUGCAUCAUCCAAUGCAUUCGCCAGGUUGGUUUCAAAAUUAUAUUUCCAAUAUCUUUCUGAGAAUGCAGUGACUUCAAGGGCGAUAUCCUACAGAAAAAAAAUGUUAUCAAACCUUUAUGACAAAUCAUGGCUCCAACCUUUUAAUUACAAGAAUUUUGUCGAAAAUACUCCAUUUCCCUUCAACCGAGCCGAUGAAACUUCCCUUGAAGAUGUCGAAUUUUCACUAUCGAAGAUCUUACAUGGAAUAAAAGAAAUGGCAUUAUUUCCCAAAAACGAAUAUAUGAUUCUGGGUUGUAUUGAAGCGCUAGCAAUUCUCUCUCAAAAAUUUCCAUGUACCGUUUACAGAAAAGCUUGGAAUUGUUGCCUUCAGAAAAACCUUCUCGAAGAAAAUCGUACAAAUGAUUUACUCGAAUUAUGUAUCGAUUUAAUGACUGACUCUACCCUAGUUUACGAUAUUGGAUUUCACAAUCAUUUAUUAAUACUUUGUUCCAACCUAUAUGCAGGGUUCUCGAUAUGUGUCUUGAGACCUGUACCUGAACAGGAUACUACUCAAAAAUGGAACAUGUUUGAAUCUACUAUCCAUUCGAAUAUUUCAGAUGUCUUCCUCAAACAUGUUAUUAAAAUACUUUGUAUUUAUCAGCAUAUUGUAGAUGAUAUCCACAUGCCUUCUCAACAAAAACCUGCUAUCUUAAGUUUACCAACUGCUAGUCCUAUGAAAAGGAGGAAAAGCGAUUUGGAGAAGAAAAAUGUAAUGACAAAAAUAUCUGAAGAAAAGGCAGAGAAGAAAGAAAAAGAAAACAAUUUGGCCGGUAAUUUUUCUUACUCGUUUCAUUAUAUGAAAAUUUAUGAAGCACUGAAGACAGCUUAUGGUAAUUACAGGACUUCCUUGGAACCCUCAGCUUCUGAAAAAUUCCUCAACAUGUUAAAAGAAUCUCUAAGAAGUCUUUCCAUACUAAUGGAAAUAGGUAGCUUAACUGAAUUUGGACCUAUUGCAGAAGAAAUUUUGAAUUAUUUGAAUUCCUUAUUCAAAAUAGAGCCUUCGGGAAGUGUUGAGUGUGUACAACAGCUUCUGAAGUCUAUAUUUGAGACCAAUUUUCUGGUCAAUGGAAUUGAUAUAGUCCAAGAUAAUGACAAAAAGGAAAAGGAUGAUAUAGAUGUUUCAGGAUUUUACUAUAAUUUAUUCCUGAAGCCUUAUAAUGAAACAUCAUUAUGUAUUAAUGCUUUGAAGGAUAUAAAUAGAAAAGAAGGGGACGGAGAUAAUACCAUGAUGGGGUAUCUUCAUAGAAAUGCCAGAAGGAAACCUACAGUUUCUGCAAAUCUUGAUAAAGUAUUAGCUAAUUACAUCAGAAUUUUUGAACCUAUGGUGAUACGGUCGCUAAAGCAAUACACUAUUACAAGUGAUGUCAAACUUCAAGGAAAAGUUCUUCAGCUUCUAAGUCAACUUGUUCAAUUGAAAAUAAAUUAUUGCCUAUUGGAUGCAGAUCAAAUAUUCAUCAAUUUCGUGAUUAAUCAAUUCGAAUAUAUUGAGGAGGGUCAAAUCCAGCAUUCCGAAGAACUUAUUCCAAAAAUCUUCCAAUUUCUGGUACAAUUAUCCUAUAGCAAGCAACAUUCAAAGAGUAUAAUUGGAAUACCAAAGAUCAUUCAGUUAUGUGAUGGACUAACAGCCAGUGGCCAAUGUCCUCUGACACACUGCAUUCCGGCAUUAACACCAAUCGUCAAAGAUAUAUUCCUCACCAGGAAUAUCCUGAACACCCCGGAUUCAAAAGAACUGGAAACGACAAGAGAAGUUGUUCUUUCGAUGCUAGUCAAACUUAUAGAAUAUCAUGAAAUCUUAGAUUUGAUCGUUUUAAUAUUGGACGAUAGCAAAUAUUGUAGUGAUACCGAUAAAUGGAUCAGGUGGUCACAAAGUAUCUUCAAAUCUUUUCUCACAGUACUUAAUGGAAAUAAAUAUAGGUUAGACUCGAUGGAAUCGUUGGAUUCUAUAAGAAAGCUCAUCUUUGCGUUAAAUCCAAAUGUAUUUCGACCAGUAGAUGAUAUUUUAAUUUUGUUAUUUCAAGAGCCGCCCACUCUGAACCAGGAUGUUAAGUACUUUACUCGUUGGAUGGGAAGGAUUUUAACAGUACUUAUUAUACUAUCACCCGUGAAGGAAGAAAUUAUUCUUUCAAAAAUAUCAUUAUUGAAAAAUAAUUUCAUUCCAAACAGUGUGUUCGAAAAUGUUGUUACCACUAGUGAUCCUUUGAAUGUAACAAAUAGUGCGGACUUUUUUCAGUAUCUCACACCUGAAAAAAUUCUCAUUCUAUUUAUUUUUCGAACGUUAUCUUUAGCUACUAAAAAAUGUAUAUUGUUGGUGGAGGACGAAGAAGAUGCGUUCUUUGUUGAGGAACUUUCGAUAUUCAUGAUGUUCUGUCUUCAUAACUUCCAAUCGGGGUUCUUAUGUAAAACAGCAAAUGUUGCCAUUUCCAUAAUCGAGAAGAAUAAAUAUGCUGAGGAGUGUGACGCAAUAAAAAUACAACCUAUUAAUGAAAAUUUUCAAAAUCUCAUUUUCUUUUACCCGACAUUAACCUUUCAUUGGUGUUAUUUCCUUACUCUCCUUGGUUAUGAAGAUCUCUCUUUUUGGUCUUAUAUCUUGCAACUUCCGAAUAAGGACUACGAGAAAACAAACACUUUCUUGAACUCCAUAAAUACUGAUAUAAUUAAAGUAGGAGGUAGUAUAGUAUUUUGUGAUUAUUUGUGUGAAAAUUCUUCCAAAAGGACGGAUGUUGUGGAUUGGGUGCUCAAAAAUAACCUGGACCUUUUGAUAAACCUAGAUCAGGAGGCGCCAAUAAAUGAAUUUUUUUCAUUCAUUCACAGAGAUUCAAAAUUGAGUGGUCUGCUUUUGAAAUAUAUCGAUCAGCAUCAAAAUAUAAUCGAUUCAAAACUCAUUUUCAAAUUGAAGGUCCUGAAGGCUAUCGAAAAUAGUCAUCCAAAUCUCACUGGGCAACUAGUUAAAUUGUUACUAAACAAAUUCAUAUACAUUCAAGAUAUAGCUGUGGCUAAAGAGGUAUCUAAACUUGCUACCAGAAAAGUAGAAUUAUUAUUGACGAUGCCUGUGGAUAGCAUUCAUAAUCAGUUGAGCAGCGAAGAUCUUUUGGAAAUUACGCAUAAUUUAAGUAAAAAGGACCAUAACAAUAAGCAUGAAACACUGCUCGGACUUCUUGGAAAACUGGCAGUUAGAUUUUAUGAUCACAGAUUGCCAUUCACAUUCCAAAAAAAAACUGUUGAUCCUGAAACAAUAAAGAACCUUAACAUCAACAAAGAAUGGUACCUUAGUCAGGUGAAACUGAAGUUGAGUAAUGUUAAAAUGGGAAAAGAAGUCGCUAAAAUGCUGAGCAUGUUGAGUUACUCGGAACAAUUGGAACUGAUCGAGAAUGAACAUUUCGACGGACAUAUCUUGAAAUGCUGCAUAGAUUGUGGUGUUGAUAUUUUCAAAGAUAAACCAUCUAAGGAUAUCCCCGAUGUGUUGAAGGCGUCAGUAAAAUAUUUAUCGAAAGAAGUUGAUGGUAUCGUUAAAAGAAUUCCCGAACCAUAUAAGUCUGGGACAUUUUCUUCGUUCUUGAAAGAAGGACAUUCCUUGACCGCUGUGGAGUUGUCAAAAAUCCUAAAUUAUCUAAUUCCUAGUGUUUUAUCCUACCUUAAAGCCACCCAACUCAUUUCCAAUUUAGAAAUACACGAGGAAAACCCAUCGAAUAUCAUUAAACUGAACAUUAUAUCCUUAAAACUGAUUAAUUUUAUUAUUGAAAGUAAAAACUCGUUUGAUGUGAUGUUGACAAAUUACACUUUGGAUUGUUUGAAUUUCAUAUUGAAACACGAUAAAUAUUUUACCUUAAUGAACUCCAAAGAUCAUACCGCAUGGUCUUGCUCUAUUAUUUCCGAUGUACAUAAGAUUAAAACAUUUUUAGCAGAAGACGAGGGAAAUUCUGAACAAUUGGGUACCAUUUUUCCUGAAGAUGUCAUCAGUAAAUUCGAGAAUUCUGAAUAUGGCGAAUCUUGCGCCGUUCUUUACGACCUGCUGAACUGGGUAUAUGUAACGAGAAAAAGAACGAGUAAUAUACCGGAUUGUCUAUCUUUUAAUUUGAAUAGUAUAAUCAAUUCUCUGGGGAGAUUGUCAUUGUUCAAUUCGUGUAUGUUAGUGCCUGCUAAAGCGUGGGAAAGGGGUUUGGAUAUUAGUUCGUUUUCCUCUCAAAAUCCUAUCAUUUCCCUACCAGUGGAAUUAUUACAAGAUCGGGAGAUUUUAGAGGAAUAUUUGUUUAGAAUAUCCUUUUUGGGCUGGAAUUCAAGACAGCAAUUUGAAGAGACGUGGAUGUGCCUGCUGAGCGUUCUGUGUAAUUCCCCAUCGGAUGAAAGUAGCACUGAAGAAAUGAACGAAAUCUAUAGCACCAUUUCCUUAGCUGUCAAGGGAAUAACUACACUGCUAAUACAAACAUUGUAUUAUCCUGCUCCGGGAAAGAAGAAUCAUUCCGAACUGUUGACUGUUUCGAGAGAUGAACCAAUUAUAUGUGAUAAAAUUAGUUUAAGGAAGUUGAAAGACGUUCAAAUAUGUAUAAGAAAUAGAUAUAACGAAUCCUCUUAUUUUUCUGGGAAGAACGUUAGAAUAGAUAUUCCAUUUGAUGAUUUGAGAAUAGAAAAUCGAAAUAGUCAUUCCUCAGGUCAGAUGUCGGUCAGGUAUUUUCUGAUAGCUCUUGGAAUUAUAGAAGAUACUGACCAAAAAUAUCAGGCGAAUCAAGUCUUACAAAAAAGAGAUGAGAUAUUAGAAAAAAGUGGCCUGGAUAUUACUUCGUGCUUGCAAUUUCUACAAGACUUCUUCUCGCAAUGUUUGCAAUUUCAGAAGAUCAAUUCUUUGGCCCUUUUGCACGAAUCAGUAGUAUCCAUUCUGAUACUUUCUGAUCUUUUCAAUGAUAAGUCGCAGUUCAAUUGGAUGUUGGACACCUUCCUCGACUUGCUGAAAUUGCAUGCGGUUGAAGAUGAAUUGUUGCAUGUGUAUCUGAUCGUAGGGGUUUGCAAAGCUGCCGCAAUUCUGAAUCCUGAGUUGGAAGUGUAUGAAACGUUAAAAAAGCACUUGUCGACGUUUUUAAAAAGUUCAUUCCUUUCGUCGAAGAUCGCAUGUUUGCAUGGAUUGAUGUUUAUUCUGGAAGGCUGCAAGCUGAACAACAUUUCAAUAGGAGGAAUUUCUGAAGAAUUGCAACUGAUUCUUCCCUGCGCUGUGGAAUACAUUCAAACCAAUCUGAUUACCCCAAAUAUCAAUAUACCACAUUCUCAAGAGCACACAUUAUCAAUGUGGACUAUUGCGUUUUAUUUGAUAGAAAAUGUUGAGGAACAACAUCUGGGUUACGGUUUUGUAGAUGAAGUCGUUUCUUGCGCUAUAUCUGUUCUAUCGAAACCAAAAAUUGACAUAGUGGAAUACAAAUUUAUAAUGCAGAAAUUGCAACGAUCUAUCACUGUUAGGAAAACUAUUUUAGAAAUGUUUGGUAAGAAAAUUGUUAAGCUAGCAUUGGAGGGACUAAAGAGUUCAAGCUCAUAUGUAGCAGUCACUUCAAUACAGCUACUCUUUACUUAUAUGUAUAUAGAAUAUGCCGAACAUAUUGAAUCCUUCAAUGAACAGAUUAGUCCUGAAAAUUUGGUACAAACUGUAGAGAAAUUUUCAGCUCUUUUCGAAUAUAUAAAAAAAGGAUAUAUUUUUGAAGCAGAAAUAGUGUGUUCUUUGUUACCUAAAGUAUUGGACGAUUUCUUCACACCAGCCGAUAUUUUAACCAAAGUAAUAGGUGAAUUUCUAUCUGCACAGCAACCACACCAGAAACUUCUGAGUAAAGUUGUUUUCCAUCUUUUCCAGAGUGCAGUUCGACAAAAUCAGUUGACACUUCUUCAAGAUUGGAUUGUGUUCAGCUUGCCUAAUUUCACACAAAAUUUCUCCUAUCCAAUGGCCACAUGGUGUUUAACAUGUUUUUUCAUUAGUGCUAGCCGUAAUCAAUGGUUGACUGCUCUUUUUCCUUAUAUUCAAACAAGAAUACAAAGAUAUGAAUAUGAGGAUAGGGAAAUAUUGUGCGUAGCAGGUUCUGAUUUUUAUAAGAACUUGUCGACUGAAAAACAAAAAGAGACUUUCAAAGCUAAUUUUAAAAUGGUCAAAAAUUUACCUGAAAUGCCAUUUAGUGAUUUGUUAUCUUCUCUGUGAAUUUUAAUAAUACCGAUUUGAAAUGUUAAUAAAUUUUUAUGCAACGUUAAUUUUAAAUUAAAUAUUAUAAAAGUUA